UUGGUCCAAGUGAAAAGGACAAGCACUCCUCAGAACGGCCAGAAGGAAAAAAUUGUGUUUUUUUGCAGGGGAGGGGGAGAGAGAGAGAGAGAGAGAGAGGGAGGGAGACGAUUUCUGCAGUUUCUCUCCAUUUUUCCAUCCUGCGCUACGCUCUCUGUGCCCACCUGACACGCAAUGAAGUCAUGCACAUCUGUGACCUCAGUUGCUGUGAAGUGUGAAAUGAAAGUUAAGGCGCUACUUGUCCCUGACCUCACUGACCUGUGUUUUCCUCACCCUCUCUCUCUCUAAGAUUUCAGCUGUCCCACGCUCGAAACAGUGCAGAGUCACACUCCCUGUCUAGAGCCUCUCUCCUUCGUUUUCACUCGCCUGCUGCGUCUUCUACAGCUGACGGCCUUCCCUCCCCCAAAGGUCACUGUUCAGACCAGACCCCUCACGGUCCCGACAAAUCUAAGCUCGGACAACGCGGCCCCUCCGCGAAAACCCUACUCCCUGUCGCUGUCCAGCCGGCCCGAGAGCUCACACAUGCACUCAAGCUCGCGCCUUUCUCAAUGACGGCUUCUGGGUCUCCUCAGAGCCUCUGUUUCCUCCUCUGGGUGGCGGCGAGUGCGUAUUCGAAUGGGGUGCGUGGUGUCUCAGCUGGCGGCCAAGUUCGCCUUCUUCCCGCCGUCGCCGCCGACGUACCGGAUCAAGAAGCGUGAUGACGGGAGGCUCACCGCCGUCUCGGCCUCGUCGGCGGCGGCGGUGGCCCCCAUAGCUAGCGCUGACGACGACUCGCUCGACGUGCUGUUGGUCGACACCCGGCGCGGGAACAAGAUCGUUGCCUUCUACCUGAGGAACCCGUACGCGAGGCUGACGUUGCUGUACUCGCAUGGCAAUGCGGCUGAUUUGGGGCAGCUCUAUGAUCUCUUCGUGCAGCUCAAGGUCAAUCUCAGGGUCAACGUCAUGGGAUACGAUUAUUCUGGUUAUGGAGCGUCUACUGGUAAGCCCAGCGAAUCCAAUACAUAUACAGAUAUAGAGGCGGUUUAUAAUUGUCUCGAGACCGAAUAUGGGGUCAGCCAGGAAAAUUUGAUUCUGUACGGCCAGUCUGUUGGAAGUGGACCAACACUGCACUUAGCAGCAAAGUUGCCGAGGUUAAGAGGGGUUGUCUUGCAUAGUGCCAUCCUCUCUGGCCUUCGUGUGCUCUGCCAUGUGAAGUUCUCUUUCUGCUGUGACAUAUACAAGAACAUUAACAAAAUUCGGAAGGUGAAGUGCCCGGUGUUAGUAAUACAUGGCACGGACGAUGACGUCGUGAAUUGGUUGCACGGCCACGGACUGUGGAAAAUGUCGAGGGAACCAUUCGACCCUCUGUGGAUCAAAGGAGGUGGGCACUGCAACUUGGAGCUUUAUACCGAUUACAUCCGCCAUUUGUGUAGGUUCGUCCACGAAAUGGAGAGCAUUACCACAGAAAUCCGCCUAAAAAAGAUUCGACAGACUCUCCACCUACCGAGGCGGUCUUCUACAUCCACAUCUACCAAGUGCUGCAGAAUCAAAUUCCAGCGUCCCAAGUGCGCAGAAUGCUCACUACCUAGCUGCGCAAAAUGUUCGUGCCAGCCCAAGUGCACCCGAUGUUGGAGACCCAGCUGCUUCAAAUGCUUUUGUAAACCCAAAUGCUUAAGAUGUCCGAGGCCGAGCUGUCCAAGGCUGAGCUGUCCACAGCCGAGCUGUCCACGGCCGAGCUGUCCGAGACCGAGCUGUGUCAAGUGUUUGAGCUGGGUGUGCUGCUGCUGCUGCUGUGGCGGAAGAGGCGGCGAGGUGAACGAUAACAGAAGUAGGGAGGUAUAGUGAUUCUGUGCUUGUAUAGACUUUCCUCAACUGGCUAACAACUGUCUGAUCCUCUGGAGUAGUCACUCUUUUAGAAGGGGCCAAAGAAUGUUUCCAUGCUUUAUUCGAUACUGGCAUAUCAAGCGAAGCGAUUCAAGAAUUUAUGCAAUGAAUUAUUCUAAUCUUUACCCU